AUGACCGUGGGCGGCUUCUUGCAUACCAAGGGGACUAAGAUCCUUAGGCCAGAUGGCACUCCCAUCGUCCUUCGCGGGGCUGCCACCGGUGGCCAUCUCAACAUGGAGAACUUCAUCACAGGAUUCCCUGGCCACGAAGAGGAGCACAAGGAAGCAAUGUUGAAAACCAUGGGCAAAGAGAAGUACGAUUUUUUCUGGUCCAAGUUUUACGAAUACUUUUGGACGGACAAGGAUGCCGAACUAUUUGCCUCCAUGAAGUUCAAUUGCCUUAGAAUCCCAUUCAACUAUCGGCACUUUCUCGAUGAUUCUGAUCUUACCAAGAUAAAGCCCGAGGGCUUUGCUCUGAUCGACAGAAUAGUUGAAAGCUGCGCCAAUCAUGGUAUCUACACAAUUCUGGACUUGCACGCUGUUCCCGGCGGCCAAAAUCAAGACUGGCACUCUGACAGCGCCAUCCACAAGGCGCAAUUCUGGGAUUUCACAUAUUUCCAAGACCGAAUGAUUGAUCUCUGGCAAGCAAUUGCAUCACAUUAUAAGAACAAUACUUGGGUGGCCGGGUAUAACCCCUUGAAUGAGCCGGCCGACCCAAGCCACGUCCGUCUCAUUCAGUUCUACGACAGAGUAGACAAGGCUAUCCGAGAAGUGGACCCAAACCACAUCUUGUUCUUGGAUGGCAACACGUAUGCGGCGGAUUUUAGGCAAUUCCCCAAGACGCCUUAUGCCAAUACAGUCUAUUCCAUUCAUGACUAUUCCAACUAUGGCUUCCCUAAGACCCCUGAGAAAUACACAGGAACAAAGGUCCAGCGAGAAAAGCUCAAGCAGCAAUAUGAGCGCAAGAUUGAAUACAUGAAAGAGCUCAACGUGCCUGUCUGGAAUGGCGAAUGGGGGCCUGUCUAUGCAUCGAAGAUGCGCGGUGACGAUGCAGUCGAAGAAACAAACGCGUCAAGAUACCACGUACUGAAAGAUCAGUUGGCUGUUUACGCCGAGGGCGAUCCAUCUGGAGAUAAGAGUCCUAUCUCAUGGAGCAUCUGGCUGUACAAAGAUAUUGGCUACCAAGGCCUCACGCACAUCUCCCCCGAAUCCAAAUGGUACACCCAUCUCCGAUCAUGGCUCGACAAAAAACUCGAGUUAGGUCUCGACCGCUGGGGUCGCGAUGAAAACAUUGCCGUCGAAAAAAGCAUUUAUAAGCCUAUAAAGGAUCAUUUCAGGGCAGUCAUUCCGGAACAUCUUCAGCGAUCAGUGUAUCCUAAGACGUGGGAUGUAGGCGACUACAUCGACCGAGUGCUAAGGGAUAUGCUUCUAUCCCAAUACUUGACGCAUGAAUUUGCAGAAUAUUUCAAGGAUUUGUCGUUUGAAGAGUUGGAUGAAUUGGCUGGGUCGUUCAAAUUGGAGAACAUGGUGGUUAGAAACGAGCUGGUAGAGAUUCUACGAAACUCUCACAAAGACUAA